GAACGCUCGCCGUCGCCUUCCACGCCGCCGGCUUCAUCAUCGUCGGAGAUGGACGUGGAGCCGGACGUGCGGUUCGAGUUCGUCCUCGUCCUCAAGGGUGACCCGCGCGGCAUCCAGAGGCUGCCGGACUCCUUCGCCGACUACGUCGCUGGCGACGAUCGCCCGCGCACGAUGCAUCUGCGGGAGGCUGCGUGCAGCUACUACCGGUGGAUCGUCGACGUGAUCUACGACGCGCGCGGCAAGAUGUACCUCAACAUCGGCUGGGAGAAGUUCGCGCGGAACCACAGCCUCCAAGCCGGCUUCAUCCUCCCGUUCUCCUACUUCGGCGACAGGGACAUGAGCGUCAAGGUCUUCGACGAGACGCGGUGCCGCCGGGACUACCAGGGCAACAGCACCGACGAGGAGGACGACUGAGUGUUCUUUCUUCGCAGCGAACACGUGCACGGAGGUUUCUGGAUGUUCGCCUCAUCGGUAGAACCAACAAGGGCACCAUCCUCCCGCUGGAUUUUCCAGUUUAGGUGACUGGGUGUGCCCUCGAGUGUUCUUUCUUAGCAGCGAACACAGGAAACCUUCGAUGCACGGCCUAGUUAGGUUUAGUUUUUUUGCAAUAUUUUAUAUUUGUGUCCACCAUGGUUCAAACUAUGUAUUAGUUUGUGGAAAACCAUGUUCCAAACUAUGUCUUCGUGUAAACCACGUUCCCAAUUAUGUAUUAGUUUGUGGAAAUUGAAAUAAAAAUGUCAAGAAAAUUAUUUUAAAUGUUUGGGGGCGGCGUUUGGGGGACGCGGCUGGGGAGCGACGUCCCCCAAAGGCGGCACGAACAAAACACGUCCCUCAAACGCUCAUUCCGGCGCGGUUUGGGGGACGGUUUGGGGAACGCGACUGGAGAUGCUCUUAAUAUCUGAUUAUAAGAUAGCCCUUCUCGCUGUUAUAAGAAAGCGACUUUGAUAGGACAAAACAAUAUGCCCGAAACAAGAGAGUUCAGGUUUGUGAACUUUGAUAUCUGGAUUCCGUCUACUCGUCUAUAUGAGAUUGUAAAACUAACAUGGUCUUUGGAUGUCUCACAGGUUGCACUCACUGAAUGGUGGGCUGAGAAGUACAGCAACAAGGGGGUCGGUUUCUAUUCGAUGCAUCCAGGAUGGGCUGGCUGAUACACCUGAAGGAAAAGAUUGGUGGCUGACGGCAAGGAAGAGAGCUCCAAAGAAUCAUCGCCGUGAUUUUGACACGGUUGCUAUUAUGGUUAAUUGGAGGCUCUGGGAAGAGCGGAACGCACGAAUCUUUCAGGAGGAACAAAACAAAGUUGAUCGUGUGUUUGAGCUGAUCGUAGAUGACAUCAACUCCUAGAGGGCGGCAGGAGCUGUGAUCGGCCUGUAGGUUGUGGAGAAACUUGAUAUCAAACGAAGAAGGGGCUCACACAGUGGUCUGGUUGGCUUUGCAAAUUGCAACCCAAGGACAAAUUAGUCCCAGGAGCUUUCUACUUCGACCCAGCUGAAGCACGCAAACAUUUUGAAGUUUGCUGGGACUGCAGCAUCCCAUGGGCAGAUAGGUUCAGAGUUGUUGACAACAUCCGCUCCCUCUGUAGCCUCCCAGCAAACUCAUAAAGCUUAUCGGUUUAUCGCUGCAGUGAAGGUCACUCUAUAAGCAAAAAAAACAAAUGCACCAGCCGGGAAUCGAACCCGGGUCUGUACCGUGGCAGGGUACUAUUCUACCACUAGACCAC